UGAUGACGCAGGUUUGGAGCUGCAGGCAUGAGACGUCUUUUGAGCUUCUGCGCGUCUAGGAACAUCAUCAACAUUGUGAAGCUUAUUGAACCCAGUGUUACCUUGGCAGUCCGCAAUCCUCCGUUAUUUACCUCGUUUUUCUGCAGGGAAUUUACGGACAGCGGCAGCAACAUGGAUCUGAGUAACAUGAGAAAGAGCUAUAAGAGCGACCAGGAGUGUUUUGAGGAGGAUCAGCUUGCUUCUUUAGAUCCAAUCAAGCAAUUCGGCAGCUGGUUUGAUCAAGCCACUAAAUGCCCUGAGGUGGGGGAAGCCAAUGCAAUGUGUCUUGCAACAGCCACCAAGGACGGUCGGCCCUCUGCACGCAUGGUCCUUCUGAAAGGCUACAGCGAGGAGGGAUUUCGCUUCUUUACCAACUAUGAGAGUCGGAAAGGUUCAGAGCUGGACAGCAAUCCCCAUGCCUGUCUUGUCUUUUACUGGGAACCAUUAAACAGGCAGAUCCGCAUUGAAGGCGCUGUAGAGAGAAUCCCUUACGAGAGUUCACAUGAAUACUUCCACUCAAGGCCCAAGAGCAGUCAGAUCGGUGCUGUUGUUAGCAGGCAGAGCACCGUAAUACCAAGCCGACAAUACCUGAGAGAAAAGAAUGCAGAGCUUGAAGACAAGUAUAAGGACACGGAUGUACCGAUGCCAGAUUACUGGGGUGGAUACAUAGUGAAACCCUCCCUGAUUGAGUUCUGGCAGGGUCAGACCAAUAGAUUACAUGACCGAAUAGUAUUUGUGCGGCCAAAAGAGGGAGAGACUGAGCUGGGGGAUAUGCAGCAUCAAGCAGAGGGGGGCUGGAUAUUCCAACGCUUGUCCCCUUGAUACUGCACAUGCUGUGAAAUUAACAUCACCGUCUGUGACAUCAAUACAUCAUCAUUACUUGAAAGCAACUGUCAUUUAAAAUGCCACCAGGGCAUUAACUGACUUGUGAAGACUUACUACUCCAUAUUUGCCUACGUUCGUAUUGUCUUAACCAAAACCAGAAAGGAGAUUUUCACUGUAAACAUGAUUUUGUGAAUAUAAAUCAUGUGUUGCAUUAUAAAUGGU